UUGACAAACAUUGGAAUGGAUUCCAAAACUAUUUCUUGUAUUAUUGAAAAUAAUAUUGUCCGAGCUGAAAAAUUACCUCCACUAUCAAAUGAUAAACGUUUAAAUGAUUUAAUAUUAGAAAAUUUUAACAAUAAUCCAGAUUUCAUUGGACUUAUUGACGCUUACUCAGGAGAAACUUGCACUUAUAAAAAAUUAAGAAACUAUAGUAUACGAUGUGCUCUAUGGUUGAAAAAACAAGGAAUUGGUUCAAAUGAUAUUGUUGCAAUUUGUUCCGAUCAUAAAAUUGCAAUAUGGAUUCCUUUAUGUGCUACUUUCUUCAUUGGAGCGAAUUUGAAUAUUUGGUACGAUCAAUGGUCACCUGAAACAUCGAGAUAUUUUGCAAAACUUACAAAGCCAAAAAUUAUAUUCGCCAAUGAGAAAGCGGGAAUUAUGCUUAAAAAAAUAAUCCACGAUGAAAAUAUUGACACAAAAUUGAUAACAUUUCGUGAAAUUAUUGGAUUUGUUUCACUUGACGAUAUUAUAAAGGAAAUUAUAGAAAUUUCAGAAAUUGAUAAUUUUCAAUGUUAUCCAGUGAAUGAUGAUGACAAUGCCUUAAUGUUAUUUUCUUCUGGAUCAAGUGGAAUGCCAAAAGGUGUUCAAUAUUCAUAUCGUGGAGUUCUUUACAAUACGUAUAGAUUUUAUAAUGCUUUUAUGAAAAAAGAAAAAUUAAUCUCUUCCAUCACAACACCAUUAUAUUGGAUUGGUAGUUCAUUACAAAUUUUGCGAUGUUUAUUAUUGAAUUAUCCAGCAGUUAUUGUCGAUGAACCAACACCAGAAAAAUUUUGUCAAGCUGUAAAAAAAUACAAGAUUCAGUGGACAAUUUUAGGAACUGGAUUUUUAAACGAAUUAUUCAAGUCAGGACUUUUAGAUAAAUAUGAUUUUUCAUUUAUCGAAGAAAUUGGAGCUGGUGGUGCAAAAGUAAGAUCGGAAAUUUUGAAAAAAGUCGACAGUGUUUUGCCAAAUGGACUAAUAUUACAAGGAUAUGGUCUCACAGAAUUUGGCGGUUUGGCACUAUUACAAAAAAGAAGUGACAAAAAUUAUGAAUCAUCAGGAAGAUUAAGUUACGAUAUAGAAAUGAAAAUAAUUGACACAGAUGACAAUAAAAAAAUUUUAGGAUCAAAUGAAGAAGGUGAAAUUUGUUUAAAACAAACGUACAUUAUGAAACAUUAUUUUUCUAAUCAAAAAGCAACUAAAGAAGCAAUUGAUCAAGAUGGUUGGCUUCACACUGGAGAUUUAGGAUUUUACGAUGAAGAAGGCAACAUUUUCAUUGUUGAUAGAAUUAAAGAAAUGAUUAAAUUUAAAGGCCAUCAUAUUUCUCCAAGUGAAAUUGAAAAAAUUCUCCUACAGCAUCCAAAUGUUUUGGAAGCUGUUGUAGUUGGAAUUCCUCAUUUAAUUGAUAUCGAGCAUACAAUUGCAUUUGUUGUUGCAAGAAAAAGUUCAGAGGCAAUAAAAAGAGAACUAUUUGAAAUGGCAUCAGUUCUUGGUGAAAAGAAACGUCUCCAUAAAAUAGUAUUUUUGAAAAAUUUACCAAAAACAUCAUCAAGCAAAAUCAACAUAAUUGAAUUAAAAGCAAUGGCUAAAGCUUAUGCUGAAAUUCAUUUAUCCUCAGAACGACAAUCCCACUUCCUUAAUUCCAUUCAGUUAUAUCAGAUCAACAUGAAUUUGACGGACUCUCCACGAUUUGUGAUUGAAAAUAAAAUACUCAAAGGUAAAAAGAUAACAUUGUCAGAUGAUAAGACAAUAGGAGAAAGAAUUCUCGAAAAUUUGAAGAAAAAUCCCGAAUUCGUUGGACUUAUCGAUGCUCAAACAGGUGAGACUUCCACAUAUAAAAAAUUAGCUAAUGACAGCAUUAAAUGUGCAUUAUGGUUAAAAAAACAAGGAAUAACUUCCGACGAUGUUGUCACAAUUUGUUCUCAUAAUAAUAUUUCCCUUUGGGCAUCGUUUUGUGCAAUUUUCUACAUUGGAGCAAAUUUAAAUCCAUGGUACUAUGAUUGGUCCUUAGAAUCAGCCAAACAUUUUCUUCAUUUGACAAAGCCAAAAAUUAUUUUCGCCAAUGUAAAAGCGGCUAUUAUGCUGAAAGAAUUAGUUAAAAAAGAAAAUGUAAAAACAAAAAUUGUUGUUUUUGGCAAUGUACCUGGAUUAGAGUCGUUUGAUGAUAUUAUUAAAGAGUCAAUAAAUGUUGAGAAUAUUGAACAAUUUCAAUGCACUAAAGUCGAUGCAAAUCAUGAUUGUUUAUUAAUGUUUUCGUCUGGAAGUACCGGUCUACCAAAAGGUGUACAACACUCGAAUCAAGGUGUUUAUUAUAAUUCUUAUAAAUGGGGUAUUUGCUUUGAAGAAACCCUUGGAAAACCAGCGAUGUUCACUUCCACACCAUAUUGGAUCACUGCCAUUAUCAGUAUGACUCGUAAUUUACUAUUCUUUUGUCCAACUAUCGUCAUUAAUGAGCCAUCACCACGAGAAUUUUGCCAAGUUAUUGAAAAAUAUCAUAUUCAGUGGCUAUUUACUGGAACGGGAAUGACAAAUGAAGUUUCCUUAUUGGAAGAUUUGUCUAAAUAUAAUUUUUCAUCUUUAAAAUAUUUUUUAACUGGAGGAUCAAAAAUAAGACUUGAUGUUAUUAAAAAAAUGAAUCAAGUGUUGAAAAACAAUCAAUUUACUGUGGCAUACGGAACUACGGAAUUAGGUGGCUGUGGCAUCUAUUUAGUGAAUAAUAAAACAAAAAAUUACGAAUCUACUGGUAUUGUAUUUUUAGAUGUGGAAUUAAAAAUUUUAGAUAUUAACACCAAUGAAAUAUUAAAUCACAAUCAAUUGGGUGAACUUUAUUUUAAACAUAAAUAUAUGUUGAAACAUUAUUUAAAUAAUCCGCAAGAAACUGCAAAAAUUUAUACCAGCGACGGAUGGAUUCGCAGUGGUGAUCUAGGAUAUUACGAUAAAGAUGGUAAUAUUUUUUUAAAAGAGAGAAUAAAGGAAAUGAUUAAAUAUAGAGGUCAUCAAAUAUCUCCUAUGGAAAUUGAAAAUAUUCUUUUAAAACAUCCAAAAAUAAUUGACGCUGUUGUUGUAUCAAUUCCUCAUCCAGUGGAUGAUGAACAUCCAUUUGCAUUUGUUAUAAAAGAAAAAAAUUCACAGGUAAAGAAAGAUGAACUUUUACAAUUGACAUCAGUUUUGGGAGAAACAAAAAAACUACGAGGUGGAUUAGUAUUUUUAGAUACAUUCCCAUUAAAUACCUCGACAAAAAUUGAUAAGAAAAAAUUAAAAGAAAUGGCUAUAGCCUAUACAACUAAAUAAGAUUACAAAAGCAAUAAGAUCAACGAUAUAUUAAAUACACAAUUUGAAGUAAAGCAAAUACAGGAAGAUAUUAAAACUUAUCAAGAUACAAUUCAGAAGGACAUAAAAGAAAUUUGUGAUAAAUAUGAAAAACAAUUUUUGAACGAGACUCUAUCAUUUAAUGAAAAAACUACGAAUAUAGAUUAUACUUGUAAAAAUAGAACAGCUGUGAACUUGUGUCUACAAACAACUGAAUCAAAAUUAUCAACUUAUAAAAAGAUUAUCGUGGAUUAUAAAAUUUGUCUAAGCAAAGCACAAAUUAAAUAUUAUCAAGUUCCACUUGACGACUAUUCAUAUCUUCUAGUACACAUGAUCGAAGCAUUGGAAAAACAUAUAGAUAAUUUUGCCGAAGAAUGUAAUUAUUGGGGUACGAAAUCGAUGAUAGUUUUAACAAUAGAUGAAUGUUUUAAUUUAAAAAAACCAGGAAUAUCUGCAAUAUUGUAUGGUUUGAGGAAAAUGAAUGUGCAAAUGAAAAAUUUAAUGUAUCGUUAUGGAGAAAAAGUGAAAUAUGAAUCUAAAAUUUGUGCAUCAGUUCAACAGAUGAAUCUACAGAGGGAACUUAUAAAUUUCCAACAUAAAAUGAAUUCGUGUCUUGAAAAUACCAAUUAAUGUAUUAAUUAAAUAUUAAAAUAUUUAACAAAAUGUAUAUAUAUAAAAACUUAAAAUAAUUUAUUAUAUGUAAAAUAAUUAUUAAACUAAAAUUUUAGAAAUAAAUUCAUUUUUAUUUAAUA